ACCCUCGUGAGCCAGGCGUCAGACCUUCUCUCCUCCGUGCGCGCUCCCGCACGCCGUUAGUUCGGGGACCCCCGCUACGUUUUACCGGAGCUAAACGUGUAUUGUUCGCACGUGUAUUAUUCUUCCGUGCUAUCUUCCUUGCUGAGUGGUGAGUGCGUGUAAAUCUUUGCAUUUACUACCCGUGUGUGAACGUGGCCACCUGUGUUUGCAAACUGCUCCAACAUACCAGCAUUGCGCUGCGCUCAGUGCAGUGUUCAUUCCUAUGCAUUAUACUGUGAAACGCGCGUGUGUUUGAAACGAAGAAAGCAGAUAUUGAUGCAACAGCAACACAUACGUGUAUUGAAAUGGGUGCGACAGCUUCGGGGAUGCCCACUGAGGAGAGAACUUGCAAUUUAUGUAAACUCCACAUGAGAUCCAAGUUAGCGCCUCUUCUUGCCACGGUGGUGUUCACAGUGACUGCGGCCGUGUACUUCUACUUGGCAGUUUGCUACGACGCUGCCAGCCUCAACACCAAGGAAGCCCUUCUGGGAUACUUUCAUGGCUCUCGAACCGUGGCCACCAUUUACACUUUCAUGGCAGCAAUUGGAGUGCUGACAUCUGCUAUGUGGUUCUGGAGCGUCCAUAAGCGACGACGAGUGUGGCUCCUACCAUUUCUCGCCUUCUGGGUGGUGUCUUGUAUCCUGCAGUUCACCUACAUCGUCCUAGUUAGCAUCUCCUAUUCUCAAAUGGUAACACAUGACUACGCUCGUGACGAUGGAAUGAAGGAAAUCAAGAAAGAUUUCGCGCUAUCCGUGACAUGGAGGACGCUACUGCUUGUAUUCGAGCUUGGAUUCCUGGUCGCCCUGUGCCGUUGCUACAUCGGGAUGCGACGUCAGUCGCCUGAAGGCAGUCUGCGCCGUGCUGCCCAAAUGGGAACCGUGGACACGAACGAAACUCGGGCAAAUUCGGACGUGUUUCUGUUCGACGGCAAACCCAAAAUAUGAUGCCCUCGACAACCCGAGGAAUUUUGAGAAGACAUCAGUCCAGUACCUUAACCAUAUCUGUGAUAUGCCAGCAACCACAAGAGGUUCUCCGCGCACCUACUGGACCCAGGACACCUGGUGGCCAAAGAACGUGCAUCUCGUCGGACAAAAGUGCAUAUAAUCUAUUUUGUAUUGAACGCAAACUAGGAUGUGAUGCAUAUGUGUAGGUCGCCGUCGCCGUCAUGUAGAUGAAAUGGACGUAUACCUUAGUCUAUCUGUUUGCUGUUGUGAUGUGUGUGUUUCUAGUUUUCUGGUCAGUGCAUGCCAGUCUGUAUACAGAUGCACAAAAGCUGCCAUAGUGUGAGUCUCGUAGUCGUAUAACUUUCGUAAGGACUUUCUAUUCUGUGCAUUUGAGUACACGGCAGCCUGACUGCAGUGUGUGACGUCCGCGUCCCGUGGCGAGGACAACACGCAUUGGACUACGUGCAUGUACAGUCUUAUCCACGAAGCUCGUGACUGAGGUCACACUGAGUACCUCCUAGCACAUCUGUCUCUCCAUUCCAUCACCGCCAACUAGGACCCGUGUAGAAGGCCAUAGCCUCUGCAUUUGGUUGCCGAAACACAUGUAAAAAGAGAAGUGAGGUCGGCCUGCUCAGCCAAGGCGACAAGUUUCACUCCGGAAAAACAAAAAGGAAAAUAAAUUAGCACAGGCCAAGUGUCAAGAUGUCCUUCCAGCGUGCCUCUUCAUCUAUUUGCGUCACGUGCAAUACAUUACGCAAUUACAAUAACUGUGCAAUUUUUAUGUCACUGUGCAAUUCCUAGUCCUACGUGUACGUGCAUGUCGUCUCGAAGUGUGCAUAUGGAGUUUUGCACGCCCUGAAAUAAAGCUAUAUACAUAUUGUGGUAU